AUGGCGAACCCUCUCGAUACGGACGCUGGCUCCGAGCUUUUCAGCUCGUAUGAAGCGGAGCUCAAGCUCGUGCAGGCCGACCUGGCGCAAAAGUUGGACCAGAUUCCCGAGCUGACUGGCGAGCCACGCAAGGCAGCCGUCAGCCAGGCUGAGCGCGCCUUGGAGGAGGCAGAUGAACUGCUUGGCCAAAUGCGCCUCGAAAAGCAGAAUAUCCCGACAUCUGCGCGAGCCAAAGUCAACCAGCGCUUCCGCAACUACGAGUCCGACAUCGAUACCAGCCGCCGGAAGCUGACGAGCCUCUCCUCCAACCGAGCUGCCCUAUUUGGCUCGCGCUACACUGACGAGCCAUCCGGAUCGACGGACAUCAACCUGGAACAACGACAGCAGCUGCUUUCAGGAACUGAAAGGCUCGAUCGAAGCACACAGAGGCUGCUCUCCAGCCAGAGGCUUGCCCACGAGACCGAGGCUAUCGGAGCGGAGACGUUGGCCGAUCUGCAUAGGCAGGGCGAGGUUAUUCGCCAUACGCACGAUACUCUUUUGGACAGCGAGGGCUACGUCGACCGUAGUGUCAAGACAUUGAGAGGGAUGGCUCGGAGGUAA